ACCUGUAGAUAUAGAUAAUGUACCACCACAUAGAAAGCCCAGCACAUAAAUAGCGGUCGCAGAGGGCAAAGCUCCAGUUACAACCGAGACAGCGAACAAGCGUGUAUCGAAGCGAGAUCUGUGUGUUUCUAACGUGCUUCUGUGCUCGAAUUUUUUCGAAAAGUAAAUUUUCAAGAUACUGUCACCGAUCGGAAGAAUGUCGUUGCUGCCGUUGUUGUUCUCCGCAUGGUGGGCGGAUUUGGAGCGUCCCCAUCGAUUGCUGGAUCAGAAUUUCGGCAUGGGACUCUAUCCUGAACAACUGGUGUAUCCCGGGAUAGACAGGUUCUCUCCUCUGGGCAACAGAGGUGUCCUUGAUCUGUAUUACAGACCUUUUACCGACAUCCUCCGAAAAGGAGAGGGCGGUACAUCCACCAUAACCGCCGAUAAGGACACCUUCAAGGUCAUCCUCGACGUGCAGCAGUUCAAACCAGAAGAGAUCAGCGUGAAGUUGGUCGAUCGCUUCAUCGUCGUGGAGGCCAAACACGAGGAGAAGAGGGACGAGCAUGGUUUCAUCUCCAGACAAUUCGUGAGGAAGUACCUGCUUCCGGAACAAGUCGACGAAAACGAACUGGCUUCCAACAUAUCCUCCGAUGGUAUUUUGACUAUCUCCGCGCCUUUGAAGAAGACGGAGGAGAAACAGAACGAGAGGACGAUCAAAAUCGAGUUCACCGGUAAACCUGCCCUUCGGAGCGAGAAGGAAGGUGGAGGAACGACUACCAGCACAGAAAAAACGACCAAAGAGAGCGAGAGUCGUGAGGAAACGACUGAGACGACGGAAGAGAAGCCUGAGAAAUAAGACUUAAUUUUUUAUGGUUCCUACAUUUUUCUUUUUGUACAGACUAUUCUCUGUUUUAUAUGUAUAUUGUCAUAAUGCAAUUAUUGUAGG